CUGCUGUGAACAGACACCAUGCCCUGGGCCUUUAAUCCCAGCACUCAGGAGGCAGAGACAGACGGAUUUCUGAGUUCGAGGCCAGCCUGGUCUACAAAGUGAGUUCCAGGACAGCCAGGGCUACACAGAGAAACCCUGUCUCGAAACCCUCCCACCCACUCCUCCCCCCCAAAAAAGAGUCUAGGGAAGGAACACAAAUAGUCAGGGUGGACCGGAGGGAGCCGCGCCCCAGCUCCCAGUGCGUCAGAAGGCGGGCAAGCAAGGGUGACUUGGAUCCCUGCCAAGGAACGUUCUAGUGCACCAGGCUGCGCACUGCCGCGACUUCCUGGACUGUCUUCCCCAACGUAGUGCUCGCACUGGUAGCCUCGGCCCCUUUAAGAGAUCUGAGCACUGGGCCUCGCUUCCGCCAUGGCCGCUCAGUUGCUGGAGGAGGACGUGGUGACUUGCUCCAUCUGCUUAGGUCGCUACCGGGACCCGGUGACGCUGCCCUGCGGGCACAGCUUCUGCGGGAACUGCAUCCAGGAUUCAUGGCGUUCCUGCGAAAAGUCGUGUCCGGAAUGUCGCCAGCCCUUCCCCGAGGGCGCCAAGCUGUCCCGCAACGUGAAGAUGAGCACCUUGCUGCAGGCGCUGCCCGUUCUGCCGGCGCCGCCCGCCGUGACUCCGCGCCGGGACUCCGCCACAAGCCACAGCGCUCGCUGCCUGCGCCACGGGAGGCCGCUCGAGUUCUUCUGUCGCACGGAGGGCCUCUGCGUGUGCAGCGCGUGCACGGUGCACGACUGCAGCCACCACGAGCGGGCGCUGCUGGACGUGGAGCGCCGCGUGCGCGAGGACCAGCUGAGAGCGAGGGUACUGGUUACCCAGCAGCAGGUUGCCCAGGCAGAGACCCAGCUUCAGGAGCUGCAGGAGCAACGCAGUCGGAUUGAGAGUUCAGCCUGCACCCUGGCCUCGGUGGUCUCCAGGAGAUUCAGUAGCCUGCUUCAGGCGCUGGAGAAGCAGCAGGCCUCAACACUGAGUGAUAUAGAGGUAGCCAAGAAGCAGGCGCUGGGCCAAGUUCUGAAUGAGAAACAGCGGCUGACUGACCACCUAAGGGCCCUGUCUCAGUAUGAUCAGAGUGUCCAGGAUCUCCUGGCACAGGCGGAUGACUGCAUCUUCUUCCAGGAAUUACAGCAGCUCCCUGAGCCCACAGAGUCCCUCGGGCCACUGACCUCUCCACAGUGGAAUGAAGAACAGCAGCUGAGCAACGUGAACCAGCUGCUUAGCCCCCUGUGUGAGCUCCUCCUUGAAGAGAAGAGCCUCCCCAAGGUGGCAGCCAAGGCUGCAGAUGCUGGCCCUUUGGAGACCCUGGGUCCCCUGGCACCAGUCCCCAGCGCAGUGUGUCCACUGAGGAAGAAGCUCUGGCAGAAUUAUCGCAAUCUGACCUUUGACCCAGAGACCGCCAACCAGUAUUUGCACUUGUCUCACAAGGACCAGCGGGUGACACACCAUUUCCAGGCCCAGGGCCCAGCCAAGUCGGGCAGCUUCGAGCUGUGGCAGGUGCAGUGUACCCAGAGUUUUCAGACUGGACAACAUUACUGGGAGGUGUGUGUGUGCAAUGCCUGAGGAGGCUAGAAGAGGGUGGUGGGGACCAAACCCGGUCCUAUCUCUUUAGCCCUCAGACAGUCUUGCUCUAUAACCUAGCUGGGUGGAGCUCCCUAUAAAGCUUAUUUGGCUUCAACCUCACUGCAGUCUAGGCAGCCUCCUCCUGCCUCUUCCUCCUGGAAUCAUAAGCCUGACUUUUUUUGUUGGGUGAGGGGUUGAGACUGGCUCCUAAUCUAUAGCCCAGGCUGGUCUGGAACUUGCAGUGUCCCCAUGCUGACCUCAAUCAGGUGGCAAUCCUCCUGCUUAGCCUCCCAAGGGUUGGAAUUAUAGGCAUAGCCCAUGAGCCAUCCCACCUGUGAGCCAUCCCACCUGUGAGCAACCCCACCUGUGAGCCAUCCCACCUGUGAGUCACCCCACCUGUGAGCCACCCCACCUGUGAGCCACCCCACCUGUGAGCCAUCCCACCUGUGAGCCACCCCACCUGUGAGCCACCCCACCUGUGUGCCACCCCACCUGUGAGCCACCCCACCUGUGAGCCACCCCACCUGUGAGCCACCCCACCUGCCAGGUUUGUGUAGGCUGCUGUUGUUUCUGAAGCCAGCCAGGGCUACAUAGGAGGGCAGCCACACUCCUAAGAGGUUUAGGGUUAUUAAUGCUGCACUUGCCCCACCUCCUCUGCAGGGCCUGCUGAGGCAAGAUGUGUAACCCAUCGGGUUUCCAUUUGCCUCUCCUACAGAGAGGGUGGAAUUAGAGGCAGGUAUGAGCACAUCCUUGCAGCGCUACGAAGUGUUGUUAUUUGUGCCUGUAAUGUCAAAACAAUUCUGAAAGAAGGCAGAUAUUAGAAAACAAUGUCUAAGCCAGGUAGCAGUGGUGCACACCUUUGAUCCUAGCACUCAGUAGGCAGAGGCAGUCAGAGCUCUGUGAAUUCAAGGCCAGCCUUGUCUACAGAGGGAGUUCCAGGACACCUGGGGCUACACAAAGAGAAGAAACUUGCUCUAUUUGCUCUGCUCAUGUGUGUCCUCAGGGCAAUUUUCUCCUGGCCACAUGUUCAUGGUCGGUCCUUGAGAUCCAUCCUGCCUCAUAGCGACUGCCUCCUCCCGCUACCUUUUUCCUUCUCCUGGUCCCUAGCAGAGACACACACACCCCCCCCCCCCCAUCUCAAGUCCCACCUUCUUCUCUCUCCUGCCCAGCCAUAGGCUCUAUUUAGCCUUUAAUUAUCCAAUCAGGGAUUAUUGGGGAACAUUCUGUACAGCACAUUGUUCAAUACAAUGCCCAUGUCUGACUGCAACCUGAUCUUGGGGCACAGAACUUAGCAUUGGAAUACACAGUGCACAAGACCAACCCCAACACAGAGGUAGGCAGCUCUCUAUGACUUUGAGGCCAAUCUAGUUUACACAGCUAGUUUCUGGCCAGCCAGGGCCACAUAGAGAGACCUGUUUCAAAAACCCAAAACAAAAGCGAUUACCACCAUUCUGUAUUUGUGUGCUCGUACACUCAGCUACUGAGAAGGCUAGAGCAGGAGAUUGCCUGAAUCCAUUAAUUCCAGACUAGCCUGGACAGCACAGUGAGACCCUAGCUUAUAUCCUAUUAGACCCAUAUCCAAUAAAUAUGACAGCCUGAGUCUUAGGCAUCAUAGCUAUCAGGUGUCAUAGGUAUGGCUCCACCACUGGGCUACAUACCUACAAAUUGUUACCUUUGUGGAGUGGCAGGGUUGAGACAGGAUCUCACUGCAUGGCCCUGAUUGAUCUGGAACUUGAUUUGUACACCAGGCUAGCCUUGAACUCACAGAGACACUUCUCCUCUGCUCCCAAAUACUGUGAUUAAAGAUGUGUACUACCUCACCCGGAACACUUGCUGCCCCCAACCCCCUCGGGGUUACAGGUGAACAAUUACCACAACCAGCUCUUUCUAUAUGAACAAGAUAUGCACCAUAGACCUGAGUGACUUCCGAGAGCUCACUGCCUUCUUUAGAUGAGUACUGCCUUCAUUGUCCUCUAGUGUCCUAAGAAUUUGCAAUGGUCAUUAAGUUCUUUAAUAAAUCUCAUUUGGAGCUGGAGAGAUGGCUCCGUGGUAAAGAGCACUGACUGCUCUUCCAGAGGACCCUGGUUCAAUUCCCGGCUCACAACCAUCUGUAAUAAGAUCUGAUGCCCUCUUCUGGUGUGUCUGAAGAGAGCUACCGUAUACUCACAUAAAUAAAGUAAGUAAAUAAAUCUUUAAAAAAGAAAAAAAUGAGCCGGCAUGGUGGCGCAUGCCUUUAAUCCCAGCACUUGGAAGCAGAGGCAGGCAGAUAUCUGAGUUCGAGGCCAGCCUGGUCUACAAAGUGAGUUCUAGGACAACCAGAUCUACACAUGUGGGAAGCCACAUAUGCCAUUACAAGGUGGCACUGGCUACCGCUGGCCACCACGAAUAAGUCUGGGUAAACAACCAAUGUGUACAUAUGCAGUAAAGUUUUUCACCAAGUCACUGCCUGGCCCAGGCAUGAUAAUGAGGCUCAGUGAGGUACUGAGAGAAUAACCAAUCAGAUGAGGGACAUGCAAAUGAGGUAUGAUAAUGAAGCUCAGUGAGGUACUAAGAGAGAAUAACCAAUCAGAUGAGGGACAUGCAAAUGAGGUAGAAUGCAUAACCAAUCUGGGUGUGAGACACGCCUCUCCUAGGCCUAUAUAAGCAGCACCAGUUCUGGGCUGGGGGUGGGGGGGCGGUCUUCUUGCCUACGCAGUAAAUGCUCUUCCCAAUAAACGUGUUGCAGAAGGA